AAAAAUAAAAUGAAAAAUGACAAGGGUAAUCUGGUAAUUUGGUAAGUACUCAAUUAAAAAGAGAGCAUGCUAGGGUUCGGCGACCAACAGCAAAAUAAACAGUGCUCCUUCACUUGUUUAAAUACCAACUCUCUGUCUUUCUACUUUCCGCUGUUUUCUCUCCCCGCCCGCCGCCUCCUCUUCUCUCGUUCAUUUUUAUCCCGCCAUUUUCAUUGUGAUCAUCUCUUCAUUUUCCCCCUUUUUUCCCCUCAUUUGAACACUCUUCGUUUUUCAUUUUUCAAUUUCAUCUCAUUCUUCUUUUUCUCUUCCUCUCAUUUCCCCUUUUCUCUCUCAAAUUCUAAAUUAAAAUGAUGUUAGAUCUAAAGGAAGAACAACCUUGUUCAGUAUCGGAAUCACAGAGUAGUAGCAGCGAGUUGCUGAAAAGAUGCACGGAUUGUCAAACAACAACCACUCCUCUGUGGCGAGGCGGCCCUGCUGGUCCUAAAACGUUAUGCAAUGCAUGCGGGAUCAAAUACCACAAGCGACGAAGGGCGCUUCUCGGACUCGACAAAGGCAAAGUAGAAAAGAAGAAAAUCAGCAAAAACAUGAGUAACAACAACAGCAACAAAAGUAGUGGAAGCAGUAGUAAUAGUAGUGGAAGUAGCAGUAAUGGAAGCCAUGGAAUGCCACCAUUGAAGAUUAAAGUUAUGGCUUCAGGAGGAAUUAGACAAAGUGCUGAGAAAUUAAGAGAUAAAUUAGGUGAAGUUGAACAAGCGGCUAUGCUUUUGAUGGCUUUGUCUUAUGGCUCUGUUUAUGCUUAGUUUUUUUUUUUUUAAGAGAAAAUAUUUUAUGUUUUCCGAUAAUACCCUUUUCUCUGACUAGGACCAACAACAUAAUUACCCUUAUCUUUAUUUCCAAUGUCCUGUUUUUUUCUUUUCCAAUUUUACCCCUGCCGAAAUAGGCUUCAAGUUUUGUGGGGUUAAGGGUUUUUUUUUUUCUUUUCUUUUCGGAUUUGUUAUUUAUUUAUAAUUAGGGCAUUGUUGUAAACGUAGAUAGUGUGGUGUUAUUUUGGCAAUUUGCUGAAUUAUCAAAGGAUUUUUGGCUUGAGUAUCAUGAUCAUA